AUGGCAAGUUCAAGUACAUAUGCAGAAAAACAUUCAGAGACGAGCAGUUUUCUUCCUUCAGCCAGCAAAUGGAACUCUGAAUUGGAUGUUUCCCUUCCUUCUCCCUACUCUAAAUCAUAUGAUUUUGAGCUUUUAAUUGCAGAUAAAACACAUUACAAGCGUUUUCUUUACAUUUCAUUUGCUCUGGCGUUUCUUGUCCUAACACUUGGCCUGGUUCUGCAUUUUUUGCCUCAAAAGAAUCAUCACCAUCGACAUUCAAACAAUCUCACUCUUGCUGUUAACCGAGCUUUAACAUUCUUUGAUGCACAAAAGUCUGGGAGUUAUCCGAGUAAUAGUCCAAUAAGUUUCCGAGGAAGUUCGGGUUUGCAGGAUGGGAAUUCAAGCAAUAUCCAUGCUGAUCUUGUGGGUGGAUUUUAUGAUUCCGGCAACAACAUCAAGUUCACUUUCCCUACAGCUUAUACCAUCACCUUGUUGAGUUGGUCGGUUAUUGAAUAUCAUCGAAAAUAUGCAGAUAUCGGCGAGCUUGAGCAUAUAAAAGAUGUUAUCAAAUGGGGCAGUGACUACUUGCUCAAGGUCUUUGUCCCUCCAAGUGAAAAAUCUGACUCCACGGUGUUGUAUUCACAGGUCGGAAGUGCAGGUAACAACACAAAAAAUAGAGUCCCUAACGACAUAAAUUGCUGGCAAAGGCCGGAAGACAUGAGCUACAAGAGGCCUGUCUCGGUUUGCAACGAGACAGCUUCCGAUUUAGCAGGGGAAAUCAUUGCAGCACUAUCAGCAGCUUCAAUAGUAUUCAAACAAGACAAUGGAUAUUCACUAGGAUUAGUUCAAACAGCAGAGAAGAUAUACGAGAUUAUUGAGAAAGCAGAACGGAAUCGUCGAGGCGUAACUUACACGACCAUCGAUGCUUGUGGAGGGGAAGCAAGAAAGUUUUACGACUCGUCGGGGUACAAAGAUGAGUUGGUUUGGGGAGGCACUUGGUUGUUCUUUGCUACUGGGAACCAUACUUAUCUUGACUAUGCCACUGCACACUUUGCAGCCGCAACUGAUAAUGAAACAAUUGACGACAAAGGGAUUUUCUAUUGGAAUAACAAGAUCUCUGCCAAUGCGGUUUUGUUUACAAGGCUUCGUUUUUUUCGUGAUGUUGGAUUUCCCUAUGAAAAAGCAUUAGGAUUAGCCUCCAACAUGACUGAUCAGCUUAUGUGUUCGUAUCUUUCAGAAAAAUACUUCAAUACUACGCCUGGUGGGUUGAUCCUCUUAAGGCCUGAUAACGGUGGACUACUCCAAUUUGCAGCCACGGCAUCAUUCUUGGGUAAAUUAUACAACGAUUAUCUUACUCUUCUUCACAUAUCCGGUUGGAAUUGCAGCGAUGGUGGGUUUUCUUUGGAAAUGUUACAAAGCUUCUCCACUUCUCAGAUUAAUUACAUUCUAGGUGAUAAUCCGAGGAAGAUGAGCUACAUGGUCGGCUUUGGAGAUCAAUAUCCAACACGAGUUCACCACCGGAGUGCAUCGAUCCCUUGGGAUGGUCAAUAUCACUCCUGUGCCGAAGGUGGCAGAUGGCUGAACUCGCAAGAUCCAAAUCCGAAUACAAUUUCGGGAGCAAUGGUUGCUGGACCAGAUCGGUUUGAUGAUUUCUCCGAUGAAAGGGUCAAACCGUGGUUCACUGAACCAAGUAUAGCAAGCAAUGCUGGUUUGGUUGCAGCACUCAUUGCACAUCAUGACCCUCCCCAUCCAUCUUCAGCUUCUAAUACCCCUAAUCUAGGCCUGGACUUGAUGGGGAUCUUUGAAAAAGUUCAUUUCAAGUCUUAAAUUCA